CUAAUGUAAUAAUAUUUAAAAAAUAUUAAUAGCUAAUUACAGAAAGUAUUAAUUAAGCACCGCUAGUACAGAAUGGUCUAUACAGAAUUAAAGGAGAGAGUUAUCUAUUCAAACUCAUCCUCUACCUACAAUACAACUACUUAUAUAUAGAUGAUCAAAAGUUAAAAUUGAGUUGAGUUGAACAAACAAAGUUGAUCAGUUUGUUUAUGAUUAAUAAUUUCUUUGUUUGACAAUUGAUAAUUAUAUAUAAUUAAUUUAUUGGCAAAUAACAAUAGAUGUGGGUGUAGCCACCAUGGAAGGUUACAACAACAAUGAUCAGCAACAACAACCGCCGCCGGCUGCUUCUCAUCGCUAUCUUCAUCAGCUCUUCAGUACAACGGAGCUGAACCUCCAACAACAAACAACAACACUACCCUUAUCCAAUAAUCAUCAACAUAAUAAUAAUAACAACUUUGAUUAUGAUCAUGAUCACUAUUCUCAAGAAUCCAAGCAAGUUUAUUCUCCAGAAACUACUACUGAUCAGCCAACAGCUGUCUCCACUUAUACCCGCCGCCCUCGCGGGCGUCCACCCGGCUCCAAAAACAAGCCCAAACCCGCUAUCGUCCUAACCAGAGACACCCCAAAUGCCCUUCGAUCUCACGUCCUCGAGGUCUCGGCCGGAUCUGACAUCGUCGAAGGCGUCUCGGCCUACGCACGCCGCAGGGGAAGAGGUGUUUGUGUGUUUGGAGGUAACGGAACCGUCGCCAAUGUGAAGCUGCGUCAGCCGGCUUCCCCAGUGGCCGGAAGUGUGGUCACGCUUCACGGCCGUUUCGAUAUACUAUCGCUGUCGGGGACAGUACUUCCGCCACCUGCGCCGCCUGGCGCAGGUGGAUUGUCUAUAUUCUUGUCGGGUGGACAAGGACAGGUGGUGGGUGGAGCUGUGGUUGGGCCGCUGGUGGCGUCUGGUCCGGUGGUUCUGAUGGCGGCGUCUUUUGCCAACGCUGUUUUUGAAAGGCUGCCGCUUGAGGUUGAGGAGGAGGAGGAGGAGAGCACUGAAGCUCCUCCGGCGUCGCAGUCUUCGGGUGUUACUGCGGCAGCAGAGGGCGGCGUUGCUUUUUUUGGAAUGGGGUCAUCGAUAUCAUCGUCAGUAGCUGGGAAUUUUCCAUUUUCGGGUGAUAAUUUGUUGGGUUGGGGACCAGCUAAUAAUAACAUAUCAACUACUACUGUUGCUGCUGCUACUCCACCAAGACCUCCAUUUUAGUUGUUUGCAUAAAAUCUUGAUCUGAAUUUAAGAUGAUGAUGAUGGUGGU